GCAUUACUCACCAACCAUUGCCGCAGCUCAUGGCAGCAAGCGGCUCUCAACAAUUCCCGCCUGUUUCACUCUGAAGCCGAGGACUGCUGCAAAUUAGCAUGGCUUCAGCAUACUACGAGUUUUACCGAGGGUCAUCAAUUGGAAUGGCCCUGACAGACUCGCUGGACGAGCUUAUCACAAGCGGCGCUAUCACACCGCAAUUGGCCAUGAAAGUCCUUCAACAGUUUGACAAGUCGCUCGCGGACACGAUGGUCAAGCAGGUGAAAACUAAGACUACCCUCAAGGGCAACCUUCGGACAUACCGUUUGUGCGAUGAUGUGUGGACAUUCAUCGUCAAGAACCCGUCUUUCAAGAUGGAAUCGAACGAAAUGGUCUCAGCGGCUCGUAUAAAAAUAAUCGCAUGCAAGAAUGGAGAUGCCAUUGAAGCAGGCAAGAAGUAGCCGAGGCAUCUCUCACCGCUCGAAUAUCCCUUAUGGCAGUUACUUCAUACUUAUCCAUACAAUGUUGUACUACCUUUCCACGCUGUUGUUUCUGGUUGUCAUGGAUAGAUAAGCAAAUAUUGGUUUCGGUUCCGAUACAAAGUCUUUUUAAAAUCGUCGCUUGAUUAACUAGGCUUAGGUCGUUGAGACUGGGGUACCGAUAGCCUGAAUGAAUGAUGAUACGAC